AUCUAGAAACACCGGAUCUCGCGGCUGGGACCUUCCCUUGAACUUCGGUAUCCCGAGGCGGCCGGGUCUUGCCGGCGGGAGAGAGUCCAUUUUUAAUCGCAAGAAGCUGCUUCUACCUGGGAGUGGCAGGAGACGUGAGAAAACCCCAUGGAAGACUCGCAGGAUUUAAAUGAGCAAUCAGUAAAGAAAACGUGCGCAGAGUCAGAUGUUUCAGAAGCCCAGAAUCCCAGGUCUAUGGAAAUGCAGGAGCUAGCAAGUCCUCAUGCUCUUGUUGGAGGUAGUGAAACCCCUGGUAAUUCCAAACUGGAUAAAUCUAAUCUCAGCAACACAUCAGUCACCACUAAUGGGACAGGAGGGGACACCAUGACUGUUUUAAAUACUGCAGACUGGCUGCUGAGUUGCAGCGCCCCUUCUUCUGCAACAAUGUCUCUUCUUGCAGUCAAAACAGAGCCUUUGAACAGCAGUGAAACCACAAGCACGACUGGAGACGGAGCGCUUGACACUUUUACGGGGUCAGUCAUAACAAGCAGUGGCUACAGCCCCAGGUCAGCACAUCAGUAUUCUCCGCAGCUAUAUCCUUCCAAGCCCUAUCCACACAUUCUUUCUACACCAGCAGCUCAAACAAUGUCCGCCUAUGCAGGCCAGACUCAGUAUUCGGGGAUGCAGCAGCCAGCCGUCUACACGGCCUACUCCCAGACAGGACAGCCCUACAGCCUGCCAACUUACGAUUUGGGUGUGAUGUUGCCAGGCAUCAAGACGGAGAGUGGACUUUCACAGGCACAGUCCCCCCUACAGAGCGGGUGCCUCAGCUACAGCCCCGGCUUUUCUACCCCACAACCAGGCCAGACACCUUACUCUUAUCAAAUGCCAGGUUCUAGUUUUGCACCGUCCUCUACUAUAUAUGCAAAUAAUUCAGUUUCCAAUUCAACGAAUUUCAGUGGUUCACAGCAGGACUAUCCAUCUUACACAGCCUUUGGCCAAAAUCAGUAUGCACAGUAUUACUCAGCAUCCCCUUAUGGAGCAUACAUGACGUCGAACAACACAGCCGAUGGCACAUCCUCUUCAACCUCAACCUAUCAGUUGCAAGAAUCUCUCCCGGGACUGACGAGCCAACCAGGUACCGAUCUUCAUGCAGGAGAAUUUGAUACGGUUCAGAGCCCCUCCACACCCAUCAAAGAUCUUGAUGAGAGAACAUGUAGGAGUUCGGGGUCGAAGUCCCGAGGAAGGGGACGGAAAAACAAUCCCUCUCCACCUCCCGAUAGUGACCUAGAGCGUGUGUUUGUCUGGGAUUUGGACGAGACCAUCAUUGUUUUUCACUCCUUGCUCACGGGGUCUUACGCACAGAAGUACGGCAAGGAUCCCCCAAUGGCUGUAACCCUCGGACUCCGAAUGGAGGAAAUGAUUUUCAGUCUUGCUGAUACACAUUUAUUUUUCAAUGACUUAGAGGAGUGUGAUCAAGUUCAUAUAGAUGAUGUUUCCUCCGAUGAUAAUGGGCAGGACUUAAGUACCUACAGCUUUGCAACUGAUGGCUUCCAUGCAGCUGCAAGUAGUGCAAACCUUUGUUUGCCAACAGGUGUAAGAGGAGGGGUGGACUGGAUGAGGAAGUUGGCUUUUCGUUACAGAAGAGUGAAAGAAUUAUAUAACACCUACAAGAACAAUGUCGGAGGACUCCUUGGUCCGGCCAAGAGAGAUGCAUGGCUGCAGUUAAGGGCAGAGAUUGAAGGGCUCACAGACUCCUGGCUCACAAAUGCCCUUAAGUCUUUAUCGAUUAUCAGUACGAGGAGUAACUGCGUAAAUGUCUUGGUAACAACGACCCAACUGAUUCCAGCACUCGCGAAGGUUCUGCUGUACAGUUUAGGAGGUGCCUUCCCCAUUGAGAAUAUUUACAGUGCAACUAAAAUAGGAAAAGAAAGUUGCUUUGAACGAAUAAUGCAAAGGUUUGGCAGAAAAGUAGUGUAUGUUGUAAUUGGGGAUGGUGUAGAAGAAGAACAGGCAGCAAAAAAGCACAACAUGCCCUUCUGGAGGAUAUCCAGUCACUCCGACCUCUUGGCUCUGCAUCAAGCACUGGAAUUAGAGUAUUUGUAAUUGUCUUCAGCUCGGGAUCCUUUUUUUUUUUUUUCAUUUUUAUUUCAAGUACACUGAAUUUUUAUGUGUGAUUUCAUGCCUCUGGCUUUACACAUAUAAAUUGUCUUAAAAGGAUGAAAGAUUUGGAAUGAAAAUUCCAGAAGGAAGAAUUCAGAUUGCUCGAUGGAGUUGAACGUUUUUUUGUAGUGCUGCAGCAAGGAAGCUCUAUGGGCUUACCUUUACAACAACACUUUGGCGGUUUUGAAAACAGAAGCAAAAAUCUGUGGAGGUUGCUAGUUCACACCAAGGAGUCCUGACUGGAAGGAACAGCCUUCGCAAAGAGCAGGGACUCCGGGAACCCCCCACUCCCACUCCCACCCCGGCUCUGUCUGACAAGGCGGUGUUCAACAACAUUCCUCGCCGUGGGAUCUCGCCAGCCCUGAGGUUUGAAUCUGACUUUAGCCUACCUAGCCCAGAAAAUCUGAAUUGGAAUGCACUCAGACUGGAUAAGGACAGUCCUAUCUCGAGACCUGUAAUUUGUGUAAAUUAUUGAUGAAAAUAAUUUACUGUGACUUUAUUAGCAGCUGACUUCGAAGUGGAUGCAAUUGUUUUUCCCUUUUAAUUUGUUGGG